AUGGAAAAAGAUGAGAUAAAGAAGACACAAGAAACGAAGACGGAUCUGAAUUUAUUAUUGGAAUGUCUUAAAUAUCAAAUGGACAACCCAUCUUCACAAAAGGAAGCUUUGGUUACUAUUUAUUCAGUCUGUCAGCAAAACAGUGAUGCAAGUAUUUAUUUUCGGGAGAUUGGUGGUUUGAUGUUUGUAAAAAACCUUGCAAAAUCAAGUAUUCACAACCUGGUAAAAGAAGCAGCCUUAUUUACAUUAGGAGCAAUUGCAGAGUGUAAUGUUUAUUGUCAGCAAACUUUGUGCACUUCAGAAUUUUUUGAAGACAUUAUUUGGUUUCUGUCUAAGCAUGAAUCUAACAUAAAUUUGAAAAGAAUGUCUGUUUAUGUGAUAUUGGUCCUGGUUUCAAAUAAUAGGAAUGGACAGACUCUUGUGAGGGAGACAGGCUGUGUUGGUAUCCUGCUUCAAUUUUUCAGAACAGCUCUUUCCAUGUUGGAGAUGGAUUUGUCAAAUGAAACCACUUUCCAGAGUUAUCAGCUGUGGUCUUCAGUGUGCAGUGCUUUAUGUGCAUGUGUAAAUAAUCCUCAAAACGAUGUCAACCAAAAAAUUUGCAGUUCAGUUUUUCAACAUGCAAAUAAAUGGCUGCAGAGCUGUAUAAAACCUGAGAUAAUUCGCCCUCUUUGCUCAUUUAUUUGCCUGACUGUUGCAAAUAACAUAUAUGUGCAGGAGUAUUUCAUAUCUAUUGGUGGAUUGGCCGUAUUAUCUGAAGUUCUGAUAAAGCUGGAACAUGAUUCCCAUGACAAUGUGGCCAGUGCUAAGCUGGCCGUGGUGGUAACCAAGACCCUGGAUGCCUGCAUUGCUGACAAUCCUGCUGUUGGGGUAGUAUUAGCCAAAUAUCACAUUGUCUCAAAGCUUCUGACACUGCUACUUCAUGAGAGUCUGGAUUCAGGAGAAAAGUUUAGCAUUAUUCUUACACUUGGCCAUUGCACAGAGGCUUGUGAAGAGAAUCAGCUUCAAUUGUUUAAGAACAAUGGUCUUCCAUUAAUGAUCCAAGUUUUAACUGAAUCACAGAAUGAGGAACUAAACAAAGCUGCUACCUUCGUGCUGUACAACUGCAAAAAAAUCACAGAGAAAUUAUCUCUAAACCAAGAAGCAUUUUCUUCUGAUAUGAAUGAAGCACAACAAUUGAAAGAAUUUAAAGUGAGAGAGAGGAAUAUUGAAGACUUCUGGAAGAAAGCAAAAGAAAUUUUUCACAGAAUAAAACAGCUUGAGAAUAAAGAAAAUGAGGAGGAAACAGAAAAAAUAGAAUUGAUUGGUGAUCCUUUUCCAGGGAACUUAAAUACCCAAAAUACAUCAGAACACUCUAGGAUGGAUAGCACUGACAUAGGUGCUAGUGAGGAAAAAAAGUGCCCCCAAAAGCAGCAUCAGCCUCCGAGUUGUGAGCCAGCUGCUACAGAGCAGUGUGAAGCCUCUACAAGGCAUGAGUCCCAGGACCCAGUGUGGAGUGGGAAGGCAAAUCCAAUCAGCACUUCUGAUAAAGAAGGUGGGCUGGCCAACGCUAUGAGCACCACCUGUGUGCCAUCGACUGCCAGUGCCCCCAGAAGUCACAGCUCGUGCAAAGGAGCUAUCUGUGAGAAAAGGGCUUUGAACCUACAAGCCAGUGAACAAGUUUAUAAAAGUCCAGCUCCAGUUGUCAAAAAUAGAAAGCAUCAGACACAAGUGACAGAUCCACUUGCAUUGUGUUCGGACAUAAUCAGCAAAGAAGCUUCCAUUUUUCAAGGAAAUGACAGUUAUCCUAAAACAUUGAAUUUCAGGUGUUCAGGUUGCAUAGAAGUAGGAAAAUCCUUGAAUAGCAGAAAUUUUAGCAGGCUCUUGCACUCUUGCCCAUUCCAAUGUGAUCGCCACAAAGUCAUUCUGGAAGCUGAAGAUAGAUAUAAAAGUGACCUAAGGAAAUCACUUAUCUUUAACAAAAAGAUACUAUUGACCCCAUAUAAGAAGAGAAGAUUUGAUGGUAAUUCUUCUACACAUGAAGAAAAAAAAUAAUUUUCAAGACAA